AACGACCGUUGGCGCUCGUGACCGGUCACGACGCUAUUUUGCCAAACAACAACAAUGACGAUGAAACGUUAACAACCGAACCUAGUUACAAAGACCGUUUUGACGGUUUUGAGUGUUUUGAGUAUUGUUGGAGUUGUAGGCGGAUCUGACUGGUUUGUCGUAAUCGAAUACAACUAAUAAUGAUAGAAGAAAAGGUUCCAAAGGUUCAAGAAUUUAAGCUUGAACCUGACUGUGAAUUGAGAUUCGAAGUUGAAAGUAAAAAUGAAAAAGUGAUAUUAGAAUUAAAGAGCGGAAUGGCAGAGGUGUUUGGUACAGAACUUGUGAAAGGAAAAACUUAUGUGUUCACAACGGGAGCAAAGAUAGCCGUGUUUACAUGGCAAGGAUGUGUUAUAGAAUUGAGAGGGAAGACGGAUGUUAGUUACGUUGCGAAAGAAACACCCAUGGUUAUGUAUCUCAAUUCACAUGCAGCAUUGGAACUGUUAAGAAGAAAGGCAGAACAAGCCAACGGUCGAGGGCCUGUAACAAUGAUUGUGGGCCCAGUGGAUGUUGGGAAAUCAACAUUAUGUAGGUUGCUUCUGAAUUAUGCAGUUCGAAUGAGCCGAAGGCCAAUAUUUGUUGAUCUGGAUGUUGGACAGGGUCAAAUUUCAAUCCCUGGCACAAUUGGUGCACUUCUGGUAGAGAGACCUGCUGCCGUUGAAGAAGGUUUCUCUCAGCAAGCUCCACUAGUUUAUCAUUAUGGACAUAAGGCAGCAAGCACCAACCUGGCUCUUUAUAACAUGUUGGUGUCACGACUAGCUGAAGUAAUUUCAGAAAGAAUGCAGGCUAAUAGGAGAGCAAAUGCUUCAGGUGUGAUUAUCAAUACCUGUGGGUGGGUGAAGGGUGACGGAUACAAGCAACUCACCCAUGUUGCUCAAGCAUUUGAGGUGGACAUCAUCCUAGUCUUGGAUCAGGAACGACUGUACAAUGAGCUUGUGCGUGAUAUGCCAACAUUUGUGAAGGUUGUUUACCUACCAAAAAAUGGAGGUGUUGUUGUACGCAGUCAGAGUGCACGGGCAGAAGCAAGAGAUGCUAGGGUACGUGAAUAUUUCUAUGGUUUGCGUACACCAUUAUAUCCUCAUUCAUUUGAUGUCCGUUUUUCUGAUGCAAAAAUCUACAAGAUAGGUGCCCCAUCACUGCCAGAUUCCUGUAUGCCUCUUGGAAUGAAGGCAGAGGAUAAUCUCACUAAACUAGUAGCUGUGACACCAGGACCAAAUCUGCUGCACCAUAUAUUAGCUGUAAGUUUUGCUGCCUCAGUAGAAGAAGACGUUAUUCAAAGUAAUAUUGCAGGCUUUGUUUGUGUGACAAAUGUGGAUAUGGAAAGGCAAAGCAUGACUGUACUUUCACCUCAGCCACGUCCGCUUCCAAAAACUCUUCUUAUUCUGUCGGACAUUCAGUUCAUGGAUAGUCAUUGAUGAUAGAGGGCAGGGCAACAUGACCAGUACUUGUUAUGAGUUGACAACCCGAUUGCCCAGACGAGUCCGAGCCUCAGCAAACACUGGAGGAACUUCAGAAAAUGAUUCACCAAGCACUGACACAUGGAA